AUGAAGUCUAAAGGAUUCUGCGCACGAAGAGGAGUUUUGUUUAUACUCAUUGGUUUAGAUUUAUUAGAUCUUUUGACAUCUUACAGUGUGGACGACGCAAAUAAAAUUCACAAGUUCUUAUUUAAUGAAACUGAUGAUGGUUAUAAUAGACUGGUACUACCAAGUUACCCAGUAAAUGUCAGUGCGGAAUACAACUUUCUGGCUCUCAAUGCUUUGGUAUGGAAAGAUAGCCGAUUAGCCUGGCAUAAGUCAUCCUAUGGAGGUAUUGAGUUUAUAAUUCUGGAAUUACGGAAAAAUCUUGGUGCAGAUAAAACAGUAAGAAUACAGUAUGACGGAGAAGUACGAUGGGAACCACCAGCUGUUUUGUCUACGUCAUGUGACAUGGAUGUGACGUACUUUCCAUAUGACAGUCAAUUUUGCGACAUAGAAUUAGCGAGUUGGGGGUUCCCUGUAGACGCCGUCAUUUUAACAUUCUUUAAAACUGAAAUAAAUUUAGAGGACUACAGACCGAAUGGAGAAUGGAACCUUGUGACAACCUCCCAGAAAACAGCUGUUAUUACUGAAGACGAACUGGAGUUUUCGGAACUUUUCUUUAAAAUGGAGUUCAAAAGAUAUUAUGGUCAUUACCUAAUGAGUGUCUUAGUCCCGACCAUUCUUACUGCCGUAUUAACAUUCGUUACAUUUUUUCUGCCGCUUGAAUCUGGAGACAAGAUCGGAUACAUACUGACAGUGUUACUUGCAUUGGCGGUUUUAUUGACGUUAUUUUCAGACAGUAUGCCUACAACGUCCAAACAUACUUCUGUGUUAGUGGUUUUUCUAACAGUUACACUAGGAAUGGCUUCCCUUGUGAUUAUCUUUACGAUAUUUAUCAUUAGACUCUACCAUCAACCAGAACACGACAAGGCUCCAAAAUGGAUGCAUUCAUUGGCGAGGAAGUUCUUGAAAUUAAAGUGCAGAUCCGAAAGAAUUAAUCAUCUUGAUCAUCUUGAACACAGUCAAGUUUCCGAAAAUGGCCAACCAAAAGAUGGAAAAGUCUGCUUUGAGAGGAAUAAGCCAUUUACACCUUACACCAACAAGGAGUUAGCUGAAUUCUUUGAUUAUUUCCUUUUAGGAGUGUUCACAGUUUUCUAUAUUUUGUGGUAUAACUUAGACUGA